ACCCGUGGUGAAAGUAGCCGCGGCGGGCGUGUUAUUGUUGGUACUGGCGGCUGUGUGUGUGUGGAGAAUUUCCUCUCUCUCUCUCUCUCUCCUCUCCUUUACUGUCCUCAGGACGCCCAUUUCCCGUCCUAGCCACCGUCAGCAUGGCGGCCAGGCUUGGGUAAACUCGUCGCUGGGUUAUAUAUGCCGUCCGCUGCCUCAAAUGGCUAAAGGAUUCUGCGUCUGUCUCAAGUCAAGAGUGUGUUCUUGAAGAAGGUGUCUAAGUCUCCUGGGGAUCUCUUUAGAAUAUAUCAACUCCCGUCGGCGUCAUGCCGGGCAAAAAGAAGAAAUACAAUGCGAGGUUUCCUCCGGCGAGGAUCAAGAAAAUAAUGCAGACAGACGAAGAGGUCGGGAAGGUGGCGGCAGCUGUUCCUGUCAUUAUCUCUCGAGGCCUGGAGCUCUUUGUGGAGUCUCUGCUUACCCGCGCAGGAGAGAUCACCUCUGCGCGCCACGCCCGAACUCUCACCCCUGCUCACUUGAAACAGUGUAUUAUGGCAGAGAGGCGAUUUGACUUCUUGCAGGAUUUGGUGGCUUCAGUAGCAGACAUCAAUGCUGAUGGAGAAAUGGACUCGGGCUCCCCGACCCCCAUCAUAACCGUUACUCCUAUUCCCCCAUUUACCAGUCCAGAAAAUACGCCUGCCAGUCUUGCGCCACACAUUCUCUCCAACCUAUAUUCUCCGACACCAUCAGGUACUCCAGCAUCAAUAAUGUCAUUGUUGCUCCAGCGGAAGUACUUUAACAGUCAUCUAUCAGGUGAAAAUGUGAUUGAAACUAAACCUUCAAGAGGGAGAGGGAGAGGCAGAGGUCGCAGCAGAAGCCUGGGAUCUCCGACAAGCACGCCUCCUGCUGGACGUGGAGCACCCCGACCUCGGGGUCGCCCAAGAAAAAUUAUCCCUCCAGUGGUACCCGUUGAGGAACCAGACUCGGAUGAUGCGCUCUCGCUUGAUGUUGAUGUUGAUGUUGACGAUGAAUCAGAAGACACAGAUACAGAUGAAGAAGUCAUAUCAGCUGCAGAGCAUUCUGGUAACAGUAGUAGAGAUUACGGGAAGUCUCCGUCUCCUGCUUCCGCUCCCCUCAAAUCUUCCCCGUCACAGCCAUCAAAACAAGGGAAAAGCGAGGGUUCUCCGCACGUUCCUGGACUACAGAUCUCUGUUGGUAGAGGGUUCAGUUUGGGCGGCACACCUGGUAAAGAUAACGAGGUUUCUCCACGUCCGGUCUGCACCUCUCCAGCGGUACUUCCUCCAAGUGCAGCCAGUUCGAGCCCCAUCCCAGCAGGCAUUCAGAUUACCAUCCCCGGUUUACCUGCAGCAUUACCGUUGAGUGGGAUGCCACCUACCACUCAAAUCUCCAUUUCUCCUGUAUGCACCCCACUCGCUACUGAAACACGCCCCUCAUUUGGGGUCCCCGUUCCGGUGAUAACCUCCGUUUAUUCUUUAAAGAACCAGCUGGCUUUUUCCAAUUUACCCGAAUCACCACCUGCUCAUUCCCAAACAUCCAGCAACCAAGUUGAUGAAGACUAUGAUUCAUAGCUCAUUUUUUCUCUCUGAUCAGACUCUGGAAUAUGAUAUUUACCCCUGUGUUUGUACCUCCCCUUUUAAGUUUAUUCAAUAUAUGUGUAACUAAUUUUUUCAGAACAAAACAUAUAAUAUACCUCUUUAGUUUUUCUAGCAAUGUCUUUACGCUGAUUAGUUGCUGCCAAAAUGUUUCGGGAGUGUAUUGGAUGUGACCAACGUUCAGUUUAUGAGAGCGUAUGCUUCAAAUGUGACAAAGUACAUAAGAAUAUUGUGUUUAAAUGUUGAUUUUUUUUUUUUUUUACAAUGUUAAACUUCACAAUACUCCUACAGUUUAAUGAAGUGUUAUUAUCCAUUGCUCUAAUUUCCAUACUGUAUUGUUGGCUUAAUAGGUAGUUCCUUAUUUAUCUUGUAUUAUUUUAUGCAGUGAACAUUGAUCUCUAAUUUUUAUCCUGUAAACUCUUUCCAUGCAUUUAUUUCUUAAACCUAUUUUUCAGUGUUUCAUGAUUACUUUUCUGUGGAAGCCUUAUGCUGUUCUAUCUAUCCGUAAUUCCUGAACUGUAAUACAUAACCUUUAAGAACUGUUUGACCAGACCACACACUAGAAGGUGAAGGGACGACGACGUUUCGGUCCGUCCUGGACCAUUCUCAAGUCGAUUGUGUGUGAAAUUUCGCCUGCAUAUAAGAACUGUGUCAUAUUUAGGUCUUGCUAAUAAUUUCUGUAUCUGAUACUCCCAUUAUGGACCAAUAAGCCUCCUUUUAUGAGUAAAUAGGGUUACAUUUGGUAGAAGCCUUUAUCAGAAAGUCAUGAUAGAGUGCACUAUUUGCUUUCUCACAUUUGAAUCAUAUCUCUGUUAAUUUUCAGUGUGUAAACAGUGAUAAAGACAUAUUGAAGUGUGUCUUUUUCGUUAGAUUUCAACAACUCGUGAAGCCAUUUUUCAGGGGUUUAAACACCAGAGUAUUAAUAAUUGUGAUAUAUUGGUGCGGUAAAUGAUAAGAAUAGACUUAAAAUACCGUUAAGCUUUUGUGAUAUAUUGGUGCAGUAUAUAUGACAAGUGUUUGUUCAAAUAAAUUUGGAAUGGGCCUUUUUUUUAUUAUUGAAAUUGUAACUUUACAAAAUGGUUGACAAUUUUUUGUAUAGGUGGUCAGAUACAUUAUUAUUUUUGUAUCUUUUAUUCUAUAUCGUAUGCUUUCUAAUCUCCGGUGACAAUGCAGCCAGCAAGAUGAUGCUUUGGCCCAGUAUGAAAAUUUGACGGUGAGGUAGUUAUUAGCUCUGAAUACCAGUCGGUAACCUAUGCGACCCGGCCUGGCUAGGAUUGAAUCCACAAUUGGUACAUUGGGAGUCCAUAGCAUUACUUUCCGUACUUGGUAACCAGUUAAUCAGUUUCGAGUUGGAGUGCCUCCUUUUUUGUCAAGCAUUUUUGCAUUACAGUUUGACAAGUAACUCUAUGAACUUGACAUUUGACAUUAUGCAAAAUCAGUUUUAUAAAUCCUAUUUAGAAAAGUAUGUCUUCAGAAAGUGUAAUUCAACUCUAAUUUUGGUGUUAGCCUAAAAUCCAAUUUUAGAAUAAUGAUAAGAAAAAGACUUAUUUUUUAGCCUGGAAUAAUGUCUAUUUUUAUUUCAAUCAUUCAGCGUUUCACAUUUAAUUUCUGCACAUUUCUCCAAUAUGCCACAGAGUAUGUGUUUGUAAUUAUUCAGAUUGCGAUUGUGUUAAACAUCUUGACUGGUGGUAGGUAAUUUUUGGAGGUCAAAAGUCGGCAAAAUAAGACCAUGGAUUGAUUUCUUAGAAAGUUGUUGUGCUCCUUUGCCCUCCAAGAUAACCUCCUGUGUGUGUAUAGUUUUAGUCCUGAAGGCCAAAUGUAAGAUGUAAUUGAAAAUGGAAUUUUGUUCAUAUUUUGGAAUGACUUGGGUUGCUAUAUCCAAUCAAAAUAACUUGUAGCGAUAAUAUAUUUUACUGUACGUAAGGCAGCUCUUUAAAACACGUAGUUCAACAUUUCUUACCUCUCGACAAACGUUUUGUUGUCCGGUAAAGGUUACAGUACUUCUUUAAGGUGAUUAUUUCUAUUUUUUCAGAAUGGGAGACUACGUUAAUACAUCAUUUACUGUGUCAGUAUUACUCUGAAUAAAUGAUUCCUUGCAGUUAUAUGCAAAAUGCUGAAUCACAUAUUUGCUAGAGUAGCACGACCUGGAACACUUAAUGUUUUGGAAAGGAUGUUCAUAGUUUUUUAACAAAAAUGUUGUGUAUUAAAAUAAAAAAUUUGUCACGA